AUGGUGUUUCCUAAAAGGUCCACACUUAGAAGGAAGGUCAAAGAACGGUUUGAAGAGCUUCAAUUGAAUCUUAAGAAACGACUACAACAAUUUUCAUCUAAAAUGUCAUUUACCAUUGAUGGAUGGACGUCAAUUGCUGGUAGGAGUUACUACGGGGUCACUAUUCAUUAUAUAGACAACGAAUGGAAGUAUCGAUCUGUAGUCCUUGAUUUUAUACCAUCACGCGGUCGACAUACUGGGGAAGAUAUUGCAACGAUUUUUCACGAAUGUUUAUUGGAAUAUGACAUAAUUGAUAAAAUACAGGGUAUCACGGUCGACAACGCAACUGCAAAUACCAAAUUUGUGCAUGAAUUGGACAAACAGCUGCCACACUUUGAUUCAGACAAUCAACAUUUCCGGUGCUUUGCUCACAUUUUGAACCUUGGUGUACAAGAUUUAUUAAAGACCUUAGCAUUACACAGUGAAACUGACAAUAAGGGACAAGAGCAGCAUUAUGAAGACAAUGAAGACGAAACUGAGGAAGAUGAAGAAUAUGCGCCAAAUAUUGCUGACUCACGUACAGCUAUAACAAAAUUUCGCAGUAUUUCCAGUAAAAUAAAAAGAAGUGAGAUAUUGAAGAGGAAGUUUCAGUCUGCUUGUGAAGCAGCUGGCGUGCCAUCAAAUCUGAACCCCAUACUCGACUGUCCAAUGAGAUGGAAUUCCACACAUGAUAUGAUUGGAUUUGGUUUAAAAGUGAGAACUGGAAUUAAUAUAUUGUGCACUUCUGUCACCGAAUUGAAUGAUUUUCAAAUCACAGAUAGUGAAUGGCAAAUACUCGAAAAAAUACAUAAGUUUCCAAUAAACUUUAAACUUCUAUCAACGAAACUUGGUGGAGAAAAAUAUGUUACAUUACCGCUAGUCACUGUAUCAUUCAAUCUCUUGCUCGAUAAAGUUGAAUCCAUGGUAAAACAAUUAGAUGAGAAACCUAAUCGAUCCGAAGUGGAUGAAAGGCUCAUUCUGGGUUUUCAAGCAGCUCGAGACAAAAUGCUUAAACAUUAUAAAAAGAGCAACUGGAUUUAUUGUACCUCUUUAAUUUUAGACCCAAGGCAUAAAACUCAGACUUUUGACAUGACAUUAUGGGGGAAGCAAAUUAAAACAGAAAGCCUGCGCAAAUUUACUGAACUUUAUAAAGAAUAUAAAAGUCUACACUCAGUGAAUACAUCUCUAGAAUCACCAAAAAAUGAAAAGAAAGUAUGUGAAUAUGAUGAAGAUGAAGACGUAAUAGACUUUGAGAAACUGUAUGCAUGUCCCUCGACGUCAUCUGGAUCUGGAUCUUUUCAUCAAGGCUUAGUUAUAGACGAGUUGGAGGAGUACCUAAGUAAACCCAGAGCCGCCAGUUCGGAAGACAUUUUAGAGUGGUGGAGGACACAUGAGACAGAAUAUCCGACUUUAUCAAAGAUGGCCCGUGAUUUUCUUUCAAUACCUGCAACUUCAGUACCUGCUGAGAGAUUAUUUUCCAAAGCAUCAUUAGUAAUUAGAAAACAUAGAAAUAGGUUAAGUGACGAGUCAGCCAGAUGGUUACUUUGCUUGCGAGACUUGCGAGACUCUUGCUGCAAGACCAAGACCAAUAACAAGACUGAGAGCGCAAUACCAAGACCAAGAACAAGGCCAGGUGUAUUGGCGCAAGACCAAGACCAAGACUGGCUAAGUCUCGUCUUGUUCUUGCAUUUGGGCAACACUAGUCGUAAUCUCCCGAACAUUGCCCAGCCGAGUUGA